AUGGCCACUGCACCGAAAGAGGCAGAAAAUGCUAUUGGCUUGGAGGAAAUCCACACGGAGAGACAAGAACCCCCAAAAGGGCAGAAGACAUUUACAGUGCAAGAAGCUGUGGAAACCAUUGGGUUUGGGAGGUUCCACAUUGCACUUUUCCUGAUCAUGGGCAGCACUGGGGUGGCCGAAGCCAUGGAGAUCAUGUUAAUAGCUGUUGUGUCCCCUCUCAUCCGAUGCGAGUGGCAGCUUCAAGACUGGCAGGUGGCUUUAGUGACAACGAUGGUGUUUUUUGGCUACAUGGUCUUCAGCAUAGUGCUCGGGUUCCUGGCUGACAGGUAUGGUCGCUGGAAGAUUCUGUUGCUCUCAUUCCUCUGGGCAGCCUAUUUCUCCCUCCUGACCUCAUUUGCCCCAUCCUACAUCUGGUUCGUGUUCCUGCGGGCCAUGGUAGGAGGUGGCGUGUCCGGCCACGCACAAGGGCUUAUCAUAAAAACGGAAUUUUUGCCCACCAAAUACCGAGGAUACAUGUUGCCCUUAUCUCAGGUGUUUUGGUUGGCAGGAUCCUUGUUAAUCAUUGGCCUGGCAUCAGUGGUGAACCCAACCAUUGGCUGGCGGUGGCUGAUCAGAAUCGCCUCCAUCCCCAGCAUCCUUCUCAUCCUGGUGUUCAAGUUCAUCCCGGAGUCGGCGAGGUACAACGUGUCCACGGGAAAUAUGGCAGCUGCCCUGGCCACGCUGCAGAUGAUAGCCAAGAUGAAUGGGGCGGCCAUGCCCGAGGGGGUGCUGAAGGAGCCAGUCAAGGGAAGGAGAGGAAGAUUCAAGGACCUCAUCCACCCCAAAUACCUCAGAACCACUUUGCAGAUAUGGAUCAUAUGGCUUGGCAUAGCUUUCGCUUAUUACGGCGUCAUCUUGGCCAGCGCUGAGUUACUCGAGCGGGACCUCGUCUGUGGCUCUGCUGCACCACCAGUGCAGGACCCUGGUGACGACUCUGAGGAGAGCCGCAGCCCGUGCCACUGCCGCUUGUUUGGGCCUGCUGCCUACCAGACCAUGAUCAUCAGCACAGUCGGAGAGAUCGCACUAAAUCCUUUGAACAUUCUCGGCAUCAAUUUCCUCGGAAGACGCCUGAGCCUGUGUAUCACCAUGGGAUGUACGGCGCUAUUCUUUCUUCUCCUUAAUAUCUGCACCUCGAGCGCAGGCGUGACUGGGUUUCUCUUCAUGUUGCGUGCCUUGGUUUCAGCAAACUUCAACACCAUCUACAUUUACACAGCAGAGGUUUAUCCCACCACAAUGCGAGCCCUGGGGAUGGGAACACGCGGAGUACUUUGUGGUCUUUGCCAGAUGCAGAUCUGCAAAAUGCAGAUCUGCAAAAAUCUCUUCCCAGAGCUUAGCUUGCUAGUUCUGAUGAGUGCUUCUUUCGUCGGGGCCCUGUGUCUUUUCUCAUCCAUGUGCGCCGUGUGUGCAAUCUCUGCGCUCACACUGCCCAUCGAGACCAAGGGCGUCGCGCUGCAGCAAGCAAAAUGA